AGUUACGUCGUUCCUUUAUUAGGCGAGCAAUCUAAUUGCUAUUUCGAAAACUAAAUUGCAAUUUAGCAUGUAGUUUUUUUCUUUCAAUACAAGCUGUAAACUUUUGUUACCAGUUUGGGAGUAUUCUACUUCUGCUGGAUAUUAAUACUUCUUAUGCUUGAUAGGCACUAACUGGUACCUAAGGGAGAAACUUAAGUUUGCUGUAUUUUUCUUAAGAAAAAUGUGCCGCGAAUAUGGAUUUAGUCCCUAUAUUAUAUUCUUGCCAGAAUUCAUAUCUCCAGCAUGUUGUUCUGAGAAUCUUGUGGGACUGAACAAAAGUUUUGUUACAAUUGAGUUGCAUUCCUCCUGGGAUCCUUUUUAGGGCUGCUUUAUCUUGGAGACUGGAUAUUUGCUUCACUGUUUAAUCCCGUUUUUAAACUGAUACUUGUGGUUCAGAAAGGGAAUCUCUCGAGGUAUGUUUGUUUAUUUUUUUAUUCAUAUUUUGUAGUAAUUGUCCAUAUCAUUGUUGUCUUUUUUCUUUUCCUUUAGUUUCAUUCUUUCUUUUUAUUAAUCUAAUUGUUGGUUGGCUUUCUUAGAUAUGCUUCUCUUCUGUCUCGUCCUGUGCUCUAGAGCUCACCAAGUUUGACUUUCCUGAGUUUAUUUCAUAAUAUUUUUGUGCCUUUGCUGCAUAGCCACGCAGUAAGAUCUGAACCAGAAAUAGAAAUUUGUCUUUACCGUGACAGAGGCAAUUGUAUCUUUGCAUUUCAAUAUCAAUGAAUUUAUUACUAUCUUGUUGAUUUUUUUUUUUUUUAUAAGUUAUUAUUAUCUUGUUGAUUGCUUUUUCUUUCUUUCUUUCUGUGUUCUUUUAUUUCUUUAUUUGAUUGUAGAAGUUUAAAUGUUUGGGUUUUUAGAUGUGUGGUUGAUAUAGCACGAGAUAUGCUGACCAUCGUCUGGUGUAUUUGGAUGGAAAGGAAUGAGUGGAGCUUUAAUUACCAAGAGCAUUCUCCAGAACAAAUUUGGAACUUUUUUGUACAUUCCUUGCUGUUUUGGUUUUCAGCUUUAGGGAAUAACAGAACUUCCAUUCAUGAUUUUCUGAUGUCACUUUCCGUAUUCUAGAAUGUGUUUAGUUGUUUUCUUUUGUAUACUUCCUGUAGACAUGGACUUCGCCUAUAUUUUUGUUUCCAAUUAAAUCUCUUAUUACUUAUAAAAAAAAAAAAAAAGUUCCAGAGGGAGAAAAAAAGAUACACCCGGUGAACUAUAUAUGAGAACAUUUUUUCUUUUCAGCAGAAUAUUUGCUUGUUAACGGGCAUGACAUUGUUUUGGAGAGCUCUUAUGAGGGCAGAAUGAUCUAGUACUGGGGAUACAUAAAAUUCGAGAAAGGAGCACAAAUCAUUUGAGCUUGGUGAGUUAAUAUUUUGGUUCUGAUUGACUCUAAAGCUAUAGGAGGAAUUCUUUAUGAUUUUUCUUUUAUUGGUGAAUUCUCGACGAAUUACUUUGUAUUAUAUGUUGCUGUAUAUUUCCUCACUCGUCUGUUGGUUUUGGCAAUAUCUAUACAAGUCACAGGACUGGCAUCAGUUGUGGCUCUAGUUGCAGAUAUGUGGGUUGUAAGUCUAUUUAUUCUGGUCAUACCAACUACAGAGUGGUUGAGGCAUGAUCGGCCGUCUUGGUCCUAGGAUUGUAUGUGGUCUGGGAAAAUUUUAGUUUUAUGAUUAUAUAUGUGGUUUGGGAAAAUUAUAGUUUUCAUAAUGUCAGUUGAGGUGGUGCACAUGGAAAUACAAAUUCCUUGUUACAAAAGACUGCCGCCGGGGUAAGGGUUUUGAUGCUGUUGCUGGCUACUACUGCUUGUGUUACCAGUCACCUGUCUUCACCAUGGGUCAUCGCCUUGAUAUCCUCUAAAAGUUUAAAUGGUGUCUAAUUUAUUGAAUUCUGCAUUUGGUAACAGCUGUAACUCUUAUUUUUCUAUCGUAGUUCUUGUUCUUGGUUGAGACUCCAGAGCCUAAGAGGAGAAAGGUGGUUUAGUUGAAUGUAAGAGAAGAGAUCAUUCAAUGCAGGCCCUGGAAAUCUUGGAAAAAGUCAUUUGAUGUAUGAUAAUUAAUACACUUGAAAGAUGGACAGAUUAGAGGCAUUCAAUUGAUUAUGGUUAGAGAAUGAACUUCGGCUUUUCUUUUUUUGAGGUCAUAGACAAAUUUUCGAUGAUCAUAACGGUGGAGGCUCUAAAAUCCAUGUGUUGCUUAAUUUGCGUGAAGCCAUUUGUUUUCUCUGGCGCAUACGCUGUAAAGCUAAACAACACUGCAACAACAAAGUUGCCAAUCCUCUCAUCUCGGACUAAAGAGAAACGAGACAGUUUCAUAGCUUUUUUUGAAGACUUAAAAGGUUCUGAGAAAAAUAGGUUGUCGUCAACAAUGAUGAAGUUGGUGAAGGCUCAGAAGUACAAGCCCCAGCAAGACGAAGGCAGCCGGUUAGGGAGAACAGGCCAAUGGAGUGGAACUAUGGGGUAUAAAGAUAUGGGAGAUGGCAUUCUUAAGGUGGCAAAACUUUUGGAAACCAUGCAAAUGGCCAUUGUUGUUAUAAGGGAGCAACAACAGCAAUCUUUCAACAUUUCCGGAUAGGAUUAUUUUGGUAGAACCAUCGGAAAAUUGGUCUCAUUAGGUGAAAUAAUUUUGCUUCUUCAAUAAAUUAGAUCUCUCUCUCUCUCUCUCUCUCUCUCUCUCCGUGUUUGUUUUUUCUUUUGUACUUUGUUUUUACUUCUGUAGAUAAUUUAGUGUAUCCAUAAAUAAAUGGGUAUAUUUGUAUUGCUAUGCAUUAU